ACAUUGAAACUUGAAAACGGAGUCUCUCUCUUUGAAGCUGACCAAAGACCGUUAUCCUGUGUAAAUUGCAGGCAACAUUGCCUUCUUGUUGUCUUUGCAUUCGUUCCCUUUCUUUGCAUUACAAGUUUCAAUAUUUGAAGAUUCCAAAACCCUUUCUUUUUUUAUUCCUUUUCUACAAUUUGUUCUCUGUAGAGUUCCACAUCUUUGCAUUCCGAGGCUAGCUCAUUUCUGUUGAGUAUGAAUUCAUCAAAAAAAUCACGCACAUACAGGCAUGUAAUUUUUUCAAGAACGAGAAAGAAAGGAAAAAACAGUUACAACGGAGAUUAUUUUUGUUUCUUAUUAUUGUGAUCAAAUACACAAAAUGAUAUUAUAUCAGUUAGUUUUUUCUGCCACUGAAGUGGCACGUGACUAAUACUCAACCAACACAUAUGUGGUUCAGCACAUAUAUAGGAGAGUAUUUAUUUCACGUGACAAUAUCUAUAUCAAUCAAUAACUAGCUUAUUUAUUCUAUUGAGUUUAACAGUUUCUUGUUAGCACCAUCAACCUCCUCUCAUUGCUCAGGCUACGACAGUAGAAGUCAUCAAUUAAUCCCUUCUCUCAAGCAGUUUUUGAUGAGGACUGAAUGAAAGAUUCAAUUUGCUAUGACGUCGAUCAAAUCAUUGAGAUGGCCGAUGAGAAAAAAAAGUGGAUUGUCUGAUGUGCGAAAAUCAAGUUUCAAGACAAAACAACUGUCUUUUCUGGCAGUUUUUUGUACAAUAAUGUUCAUUAUGUAUAGAAUUACAAAGUAUCAAUAUCACCAAGAAGAGAUUGACAAAAAAUCGAGUUCCUGGGGAGAACCAAAGGUGUAUCCUACAACUUCUGGGAAUUUGAAAGGGUUGCCACAAGGUAUAGUUCAUGCUAAUUCUGAUUUGGAGUUAAAACCAUCAUGGUCGACAAGUAGUUCAAGGUCAAAGGCUGUUUUCUCUAACCGUAACUUAUUGGCAGUUCCAGUUGGUAUUAAACAAAAGCAUAAUGUUGAUGUUAUGGUGCAAAAGUUUCUUCAAGAAAACUUUACAAUUAUUUUAUUCCAUUAUGACGGCGAGGUUGAUGGAUGGUGGAAUCUUGACUGGAGUAGCAAUGUCAUACAAAUUGUUGCUCGGAAUCAAACAAAGUGGUGGUUUGCAAAAAGAUUUCUACAUCCGAAUAUAGUCUCCAUUUAUGAUUUUAUCUUUCUUUGGGAUGAGGAUCUAGGGGUGGAGCAUUUUUCACCAUCAAGAUAUAUUGAAAUUAUAAAGCAAGAAGGUUUGGAGAUAUCUCAACCAGCUCUUGAUCCACAUUCAACAGAGAUACAUCAUAGAAUUACAAUUAGAUCUAUAACCAAGAAAUUUCAUAGGAGAGUCUAUGAACGACGCAAACGCCGUGCAAGGUGUUCAGAUUCAAGUGAGGAACCGCCAUGCACUGGGUUCGUGGAAGGUAUGGCUCCGGUUUUCUCUCGAUCAGCCUGGUACUGUACUUGGCAUCUUAUACAGAAUGACCUUGUCCAUGGAUGGGGACUGGAUUUGAAACUAGGAUAUUGUGCACAGGGACGUCGAACUAAAAAAGUGGGAGUUGUUGAUAGCGAAUAUGUUUUUCAUAAGGGAAUACAAACUUUGGGUGGGAGUGGUCACAGAAUGACAAAGGUUUCAAAACUACAAAAGACAACUAUGAAACAAGGUGGAGUGGGAAUUGAUGUGCGAACUGAGAUAAGAAGACAAUCAACAAGGGAAUUUGAAAUCUUCCAAGAACGGUGGAAUCAAGCUAUUUCUGAAGACAAAACCUGGGUUGAUCCAUUUAAAAGUGACCAAAGACGCAUAAGAAAACAACGAGACACACAACGCCUUUCUAAGCACUUUAUAUCUUAAAGUUUCAUUCACAAAACAUUACCUUUAUUUAUAGGCAUAAUUUUGUUUGUGUAACUCAAAAAUUCAUUCAAUUUUUGAAAAAUAAAUUAUAUUUUUCUUUAUA